GGAAGACACAGGAGACUGACUGACGGUCGGAGGGGGUGAAGGGGCGGUUCACGGAGAAAUAAAACCCUGAUGUGUUGCAGCCAGUUUCACACCGAGUCAACGGAGAGAGGGAGAAGACAAAGGGGGGACAGGACGGAGGGUUUUUUGUCCCUUUGAGCGGAGCGAAGACAAAGAGACGGAGAUGAAGGCACGCGGCUCAACAAGUCUGUGAUUUCUAACUUCAUCUGCACGUGAGGAACUGAAGAAAACUGGAGCUUUUGUGAGAACCUGCAGAUGUGAUUCGUCUCCUCGUCUUCUGAAUGAUUAAACAUGCCCAUCGUGUCUGCAAGUGCAGGGCUGCAUGAGACUCUGGCCCUUCUCACAUCUCAGCUUCACCCUGAUGCCAACCACAAAGAGGACCUAGUCUUCCUCAGAGAUGUCUUCAGUGAAAAAAGCAUCAGUUACCUCAUGAAGAUCCACGAGAAGCUGAAGCAGUACGAGAAGUACAGUCCCACUCCAGUCCUGCACAGCGCCUCCUAUCUGGCAGAAGAUCUGGCAGAGGAGCUUCAGAAUGGACCGCUGCAGGAAGAUGAGCGAGAACUCCUCCUCCUGCUGAGCACUCCUCAUCUAAAGGCAGUUCUGUCAGCUCAUGACAUUGUGGCCCAGAAGAAGUUUGACCCGGUGCUUCCACCCCUGCCGGAAGAUUUGGACGAUGACUUUGAUGAAGAGUCAGUGAAGAUCGUCCGCCUGGUUAAGAACAAGGAACCUCUGGGAGCAACUAUUCGCAGAGACGAGGCCACAGGAGCUGUGAUUGUGGCCAGAAUCAUGAGGGGAGGGGCAGCUGACCGCAGUGGUUUGGUGCAUGUAGGAGAUGAGCUUCGAGAAGUUAACGGGAACCUGAUAACUCACAAAAGACCUGAUGAGAUCAGUCAGAUUCUGUCUCAGUCACAAGGCUCCAUCACACUGAAAAUCAUCCCAGCUGUUGCAGAAGAUGACAAACUGAAGGAGAGCAGGGUUUACCUUCGAGCUCUGUUUGACUACACACCUUUUGAGGACAAAGCUACACCAUGCCAAGAGGCUGGACUUCCUUUUAAGCGGGGGGACAUUCUUCAGGUGGUAAGCCAGGAGGACGCCACCUGGUGGCAGGCCAAGAGGGUGGGCGACUGUAACCUGCGAGCUGCCCUCAUCCCCGCCACACAGUUUCAGGAGAGACGCCUGAGAUACAGAAUAAAAAUGGGUUCCUGUCCUUCUCCAGUCCCCUCCAACGCUCCUACAUAUGAUCUCACUGAUAAAGAAGACUGUGACGGUAAAGGUGCUCAGAAUGGAAAGGACGAAGCCAGCCUGCGCAGGAGUUUCCGCCUCAAGAAAGAUCGUCAGGGUCCAGAAACACAAACUCCCGAUGCCAACCACUCAGAGUUUCUGAUUUAUGAAGAAGUUGCGCAUUAUUUGCCACGAGCUGGUGAGAGGCCCCGCCUUAUAGUACUGAUGGGUUCAUUAGGAGCUCGGGUCACGGAGUUGAAACAGAAGGUGAUAGCGGAGAAUCCUCGACGAUACGGUUUGGCUGUGCCUCAUACCACCCGAGCCAGGAAGAGCCACGAGAGAGAAGGAGUGGAGUACCACUUCAUCAGCAGAGCAGCGUUUGAGGCCGAUAUUCAGAGCGGCAAGUUUAUUGAAUAUGGGGAGUAUAAAGAGAAUCUGUACGGCACCAGUUUAGAGUCCAUCCACCGAGUUUUGAAUCAGAACAAAGUCUGUUUGGUGGAUGUUCAGCCUGAGGCUCUAAAGACGCUCCGAACAGCCGAGUUCAAACCGUUUGUCAUUUUUGUGAGACCUCGCAUGUUUGACGGUCAAAGAAAACUCUUCGGUUCGUCUUCCUCGCUCAGUGCAGGGAUCACGGAGGAGGAUCUCCAGGAAAUGAAGCAGUCGGCAGAGAGGAUGGACGAGUGCUUCGGCCACUGGGUGGACUACGUCUUGGUGAAAGAGGACCCACUGAGUUCCUUAGCAGAGCUUCAGAACGUUCUGGAGAGGGUGCAGACAGAGCUGCAGUGGGUGCCUGCGAGCUGGGUGAGGCGCUGACUCAACUUCCUGUUUGUUCCAGGAGGUAAAACCGAACUGAUCACUGUGCGAGGACUCAACUGUGGAGCCAUCAAGUGUUUACUGCCAUGAUUUAUUUUUCCACGUGUGGGUUUGUGAUCGUCGAGUGAUGUCAUCGUUGUUGUUUCCAGCCUGAACACCAGACUGUUGUAGCAAAACGUUAUAGUAUGCAC